CUCUUCAAGCGACUGCAGUUUAGUUUGGUUGAACCCUGCGAGCAGUGACUUACUGACCAUCCAAUAGAAGCCAAACUUUCAGUGAAAUAGUCCAUCGCAGAACAGAAUCCAGGAACUUUCUAGUGUUGAAACCAUCCAGAGGCCAUGGGACAAGAGGAGAGUCACAGUGAAGAGAUGGACUUGGCUCAGAUUCAGGAGCUAUGCAUCAUGUUUAUGAAGGAGUGUCCGAGCGGUGCCUUACACCUACAUGAAUUCAAGAGGAUCUUUGGAGUACCGAGCAGCUCUGCAGAGGAGAAUCUCUACAUUGAAACAAUAUUCCACUCCUUUGACACAAACAAGGAUAAUACAUUGGAUUUCCUCGAGUAUGUCGCUGCACUUCACUUGAUCUUAAGAGGAAAUCUUGAAGAUAGGCUGAAAUGGUCCUUUAAAAUGUACGACAAGGAUGGAAAUGGCAAGUUGGAUAGGCAUGAGGUGAAACGUAUCAUCAGGAUUGUGCACAAAAUCAAACACCUGAGAAGUGACAUGGAAAUGACACCGUCUGAAAUCUGUGACAGAAUCUUUGAGCUGGUUGAUCAGAAUAAUGAUGGUCAGAUCACCUUAUCUGAGUUCAUGGAGGGAGCUCAGAAGGACGAAUGGGUCAUGAAUCUGCUCAAGUUGGACAUCAAUGCGACAGGAUGGGUCAUACAGAACUGCGGGAAAUUUCCUUGAUGGCUAAUUGUGAGAGAUUUUCACCUCAGUGUUUUCCUUUGAAGCAGACAGAGCUGUCUUGCUGUCUUGUUUUUGCCUGCGUCUCCAGGUGAAUCUGCUUGGACUUGGAGUUUGAGAGCAGGCCAUGUUUUCUCAGCGUCAGCUGUCUGAACGUGGAGCUGGGUUUGAUAGCUGGAUUUGGCAGCUAUGUGAUAGGCUGCCGUCUUUGGUAUUCAGAUAAUGAAU